CCACCCCGCCAUCAGCACAGUUGGUCCGCGUAAACAAAGGCUCCACCGCCGCGUUACGAAAAACCGUGUACACCAAAAAAUCCCGAGGGAACGUAAUAACUUUACGACCGUCGUCGCCCCGAUGCUUUUACGGGACCGUAGCAAUUACGACUUUUCCAAUGCUGCAGCAUAACGUAUUAUCCGGGUACGUCGUCGAAGCUGCCGCCGCCGCCGCCGCCACAUAAUCAUCGCGCGCGCGUGUGUGUGCAUGUGUGUGAGUGUGUGCCGUGUACGUGUGCGUGUAUUCGGUAAUUCGGUUGUUCACUGUUCAGUGGCCAGUGCUGUUUCUUGUUUAUUUCCGAUCAGACAUCCGCGUUUCGGCUGUAACGCUGUAACUCGCAAGCCUUUUGCCCGCCGAGCCAAUCCCUCCGACGCCGAUGUCAUGGGACGCAAUCGCUGCUGCACCGUCGUCAACGCCACCGCAGCUGACCAUUGACCGGCGUUUCGUCGCCGAUUUCCCGGGGUUUAACAGUUUUUGAAGUCAAUUUAUCAUACAAAAUGUCAAAGGCAUGCAGAAUGUUAAAUCUGGACGAAGAUGGAUCUUCUACUCCAAAUACAGCAAUAAUUAAAUUAGAUCCUAAUAUGACAACUUUCUUAACUCCAUCACCAUAUCAUUUACUUGAUCAUGAAUAUGGUAUGACACCACAAAAUCAAAUCAUUCCAAAUCCACUUACAUCACCAUUAACAAAGUCACAAGGUGUAAAACGAAGAUUAAAUUUAGAAUCACUCAAUUUUGGAUAUGAUGAUGUUACACCUUUGACAGCUAAGCGAAUGAGAAAAUGGUCCAGUUCAAGUGCUGGUAGUGAACCUAGUCCUGCUCAAAAUGUAGCAGGAAAGAAGUGUUCAGAACGUCCAACACGUUAUGAUACCUCUUUGGGCUUGUUAACCAAAAAAUUUAUUGGUUUACUUGAAAAUUCUACAGAUGGUGUUGUUGAUUUAAAUAUAGCAUCAGAAAAGUUAGAUGUACAAAAACGAAGAAUAUAUGACAUUACCAAUGUUUUAGAAGGUAUCGGAAUUUUGGAAAAAAAAUCCAAAAACAAUAUUCAAUGGAAAGGUGGAAAUGUAUAUGGGUCAGACAAGAAUAAUGUUCAACAAGACUUAGAAAAAAUGAAAGCCAAAGAAGAAGAAUUAGAUAAUUUGAUUUUAAAUACUGAACGAGAUAUCAAACAAUUGACAGAAGAUAAAAGAUUUGGAUAUGUAACUUAUCAAGAUAUUAGGUCUAUUGAAUCAUUCAGAGAAAAGACUGUUUUGGUUGUUAAAGCCCCUCCAGAAACUGAAUUGCAAGUACCUCAAGAUCACACUGAUGGAGAUCAAAAGAUGUAUAUGAAAAGUAACACUGGUGAAAUAGAAGUGUUCUUAUGUCCUGAGUAUAACACCAAUACAACUUCACACCAACCACAAAGUCAAUUAAGGCCGUAUACAUCUCAGUGUGUCAAAAAUUCAUCAAUUGGCAAUACGGUUAUAAAAUCGCCUCAAAAGUUAUCAGUUAUUCAACAGUCACCAACUUAUUUGUCACACAAAUAUAAAAUGGAAAUCAUUCAAUCAGACACUGUAGAAAAUGUAGAAAAUACAACAAUAAGAAAAUUCAAGGAAGAGCCGUUGGAAGAUCAGCAGUAUAUACCCAGUACAAGUGGUUCCGCUAAAGAUACAUUUGAAAUAUCUUGCGAACCUUUCUUGAUGCUUGAACCUCCAAAUGAAGAUGACUACAACUACUGUCUGGAUUCUGAUGAAGGCCUUGGUGACUUGUUUGGUUUCAGGUUAUAAAUAGGCUAAAACAAUAAUUCUUAGUAUAUAUAAAUGUGUGUAUUAUUUUCUAAAUUGUAAGUCUCUUCAUUUUUCCUCCCUUGUAUAACAAUUCUUUUAUUUACUUACCACUUGGUAUUUAUGUUAAAUUAAAG